UUGACUCCUCUCCCUGUCCCAGGGAGGUGAGGAAGGGCCUAGGAUGAGUCACGGGGGGGAUUUUUCCUCCUGGAUUCUCUAUUUCUUUCUUCACUGCUGUGCUAGAGGCUCCCCAGAGACCCCUUAGGUGGCGGCCACUGGCCUGCAGCCUGUCCUCCCCACUGAACUCAAUGCCGGUUCUGCCCCCUACUUGUGGCUUGUGUAUCGGAAGAAAUGGCUGUGGUCAUGAGGUUCUUCCGAUGGAUUUGGCGCAAGGUUAGUCGCUCGGUUUUCUUCUGGAAACACAAAGCUAAGUCAACCAUCGUAGAACGCACUGACUCCAAGAAAAAUGAGUUGAAGGUGGAGAAGACUUCCAAGGUGUCUGAGACUUUCAAGUUGGUUGAGUCCCCCAAGGAAGCUAAGGUCUCCAGGAUGGAUGUGUCCUCCAAGGUGGCUGACCCCUGCGUGUUGGCCAAGACCACCGCGGACGGGGCUGCGGUGGAGGCGGGCCAUGGGCAGAGAUCGCUGUUGCAGCUGCCCCGGACUGCUGUCAAAUCUGUCUCCAUGCUCAUGGUCUCCGCCCUGCAGUCUGGCUGGCAGAUGUGCAGCUGGAAGUCGUCUGUGAGUUCUACCUCAGUCACCUCCCAAAUGAAGACCGGGUCCCGUUUGGAGUCGAGAGGGACUGAGAUGCUGCCGGAAGUGUACCUGGUGCUGUGGGCCAUUCGGAAACAACUGCAGCAGCUGGCCCGCAGGCAGGAGAGGCAGCGACGGCGCCAUAUCCGGGCCCACAUCUGUCCCCAACCUGACCCAGUUCAGGGCUUGAAACAGGAUUCCCGGAGUCCCCUCUAGGGGGGAACCCCACAUCCUCAGAAAGCCCCCACCUCACUCUUAGGUAAGGUUGAUAGGAGAGGUUAGGGCAGCAGGCCAGGAGUUGUGGGUGAGGAGAAGUUUUCAUACCGUCACCUCUCAUCGGGACCCCAAGGCCUGGCCUGGGGUCCCACGUACUCUCCUUCAUUCCUUUUAUUCAAUUUGUAAAAAAUUAUCAAAAUGUUGGGAAAUAAAUAUCGGAAAUUUCUGAGUA